AACAAUAACAAUAAUAAUAACAAAAACAAUAUUAACAACAAUAACAAUAACAAUAACAAUAACAAUAAUAAUAAUAACAAUAAUCACAAUAAUAAUAACAAUAACAAUAAUAAUAACAAUAACAAUAAUAACAACAAUAACAAUAACAAUAAGAAUAAUAAAAAUAACAAUAACAAUAACAAUAGUAAUAAUAAAAAUAACGAUAUCAAUAUUAGCAAUAAUAACUAUAAUAACAAUAAUAAUAACAAUAACAAUAAUAAUAACAAUAACGAUAAUAAUGACAAUAACAAUAAUAAUUACAAUAACAAGAAUAACAAUAAUAACAAUAAUAAUAACAAUAAUAAAAAUAAUAACAAUAAUUUCAAUAAUAAUAAUAAUAACAUUAACAAUAAUAAUAACAAUAAUAACAAUAAUAACAAUAAUAACUAUAAUAACAAUAAUAACAAUAAUAACAAUAAUAACAAUAAUAACAAUAAUAACUAUAAUAACAAU